AUGGAGCGCAUCAGUUCCACACACACACAUACACCGCAACAAACGGAGCCAGUAGCUAAGCAAGCUUUGAUGGAGAGCAGGAGCACCGCGAGAGGAGGAGACCGCGGCCAGCUAGACCACCACCGGCAGGUGCUGCUGCUGAGGCCGGCUGCGGCGUGGAGCUACGCCUCCGCCGCCGGCGUGUCGUGGCCGGCGCAGAGGCCGCCGUCGUCUUCGUACACGUGCGGCUACUGCAAGAGGGAGUUCCGGUCGGCGCAGGCGCUCGGGGGGCACAUGAACGUGCACCGCCGGGAGAGGGCCAGGAUCCGCCACUACUACUGCUCCGCCUACCCCGCGGCUCCAGCUCCAGCCCCUGCUGCUGUCCACAGGGACUGGGUGCCCAACCUCAACUUCUCGCCGCCGCAUUGCCCCGGUGGCGACUAUGGCGGCACAUCCACGGCGACCCCGGCCGUCUACAGCUUCUUCUCCACCGCGGCGGCCGCGGAGGCGGCCAAGGCUACGUUGGUGGUGGACCUGGAGCUGGGGGUCGGAGGAGGGGGAGGAGGUUUGGAUCUUGAGCUUAGGCUUGGCUGCUCUUGAGCCUUGACUCUUCAGGACUGACAUUGUAAUCCAUCGAUCAAUCUAUCUAUCUAUCCAUCUCUGACAUGUCUGCAUGCACGACUAUGUACGCGUGCAUGCAUGCUAAUGUGUUGGCUGCCUAGAGAACGAGAAACGCGGUGAUGUAAGAUGUUCUAACUAUGUAGUAUGUCGAUUUGCAGGGGUGUAUUAUUUGUUCAAGCACGUGAACAAUUAAUUGUAACUUGUAUUAGCUUGAUUGGUCGGUUUGCAAUGAAAACUUACA